AUGUCUUCCCAAAACACAUCGACCAUCGACGAAGCCACUCGUGCGGAUUUAUUAGAAAUUAUACACAGAUAUACUACCAGUAACGGCAGUAUGACUUUGCUCGAAGCGUAUGAUCAGUCUAACGUCAAAAGUCAAUUUGAGGAGUCCAAACGCACUAAAGAUGCUGCAAGCUAUGCUGAUGCCGGUAGGAGAUGCUGUGACGUCCUCCAGGAACUUUACAAAGCCUUAGACAAGGGUGGAAACUCGUUGAAUUCAGCUGCUGAGUAG